AUGUCCUCGUAUUUGUUCUUCAAGGUUUCUGUUCCAAGUGAAGGUGUUCUACUUGUCGAGAUGAAUCGGCCGCCUGUGAAUGCCUUCAACCAACCAUUCUGGGAGGAAAUGCAGAAAGUCUUCGAGGCAGCGUCAAAGGAUGGCGACAUUCGAGUGGUUGUCCUCGCGUCUGCCCUCCCUCAGCUUUUCACAGCGGGCUUGGACCUCAAGAAUACUGGUGUCCUAAUGAACCACGGUAAUCUCGAUCCCGCAAGACACGCUCUCCGACUCCGCGAGCACAUUCUGGUUUUCCAGGCAGCCAUUUCCUCCAUCGAAAAGUGCCUCAAGCCAGUCAUUGCAGCAUGCCACGGGCUUUGUCUGGGUCUUGCAAUAGAUAUCCUCUGUGCAACAGACGUUAGAUAUGCUGCAUCCUCCUCGUCCUUUUCCAUCAAAGAGGUAGAUGUAGGACUAGCAGCAGACAUUGGCACUCUAUCCAGGAUGCCCAAGAUUAACUUUUCUGCAGACGAGGCACUACAAGUCGGAUUCGUAAGCAAGGUAGUCCAAGGUGGACAGAAUGAGGUCGUCGCGGCUGCCAUUGAAACGGCCAAACUCAUUGCUUCCAAAUCGCCCAUUGCCGUCUUGGGAACAAAGCAUCUAUUGCUACAUGCACAAGACCACUCAGUGACGGAGAGCUUGGAGUAUACUGCAACAUGGAACCAAGCCAUGCUUCAGUCCGAUGAUACUAUCCAGGCCUUUAGGGCUGCUCUAUCCCGAACGCAGCCAAAGUUUGCUCCUCUUCCCAAGCUUUGA